UUAUCGACUUUUCUCUCAUAGCAUUCCUUAUUAUUUCACGCUAUAUCAUGUUUCCUCACUUUGUCGAAGAAAUACUUGAGUAAAAAUUUAAAAUUACAAUUAAAUUAAAUGAUCAAAUUAUAAAUAAAAAGAAAAAGUAAUUAAAGUUUGUAAACGUAUAUUGUGAUUCUACGUACAAUUAUUACACAUCUUAUUAAUAUCUUAUUCGAAAUUGUUUAACGAUGUUUAACUUCUUUUCUCUUUUUCCUUCUUCUUUUGCUUUUCCUCCAUCGUUUCGAGAUCGCGUUGUCCAACGAGCGAAAUUUAUCGGGUGGCCUCGCUUAUCUUGCGAAUCCGCCGUGGCCACUCGCGCACUUUCAUCUCACGCGAAGCAAUUCGCGUGAUCGUUCGCGGCCGGCGAAGUGAAAAUCCUACAUAUCACGGGACGAAACUUCAUCCGUUUUCACCGAGGAUCCUUUAAUAUUCCACGAAUACGAUUUUCGACGAUAAAUUUCAUCGGGCGUUCGUAACAAAAGCACGAUGACGGUAGAAAGAUGGCCGGUUCGUAAUCAUCGGGUCUCAGAUGUACAGGCGUUGCGUGGUAGUUUCGUUCGCAAGGCGAUCGAAGGAUUUGAAAAUUUUUACGAUUCCAAUUUCGAUCGAUUUUUCAUAUUAGUUAAUUAAAUAAUUAAUUUUCAAUUUAUGCGAGGAUUCUGUGGAGAAAAGAAGGUUUCCAAUGUUUAAUCUCAUAUCGUUUUAAUAUACAAUAUUUGUUGUUAUAGGGAUUGUUUAGAUCGGUAAAAAAUUAUUUGCUUCCUUUUUCCUGAUUCUUUCAUAUUCGUAAGAGAAAUAAAUUUGUUGAUCUCAAAUUUUAUUUUCUUUUGUAAAUUCUCGGGGGACAGAUGUAAUUGGAGGCAGUCACGAUAUUUCGCGUGUAUCGGGCUCAUCUUGGAAAGGAUUUAAACUUGAAUUAUUGAAAACAUAUUAUGUAUUUAGGAAGAGAAUUUUCCGUUUCUGAUUUCAACUGCACUUAUCCUUACACGAUAUUAUUUGCUUAACAAGAUCGAUAGAUUAUUCUUUUAGAAAUUAACUAAAAUAAAAUUAUAAUAUAAUAUUUUAAGCUAUUCGAAUCCACCUAUAUAUAAUAUGAAAUAUGAGUUUUGGUGAUUUUUAAAUAUGUUGUAGAAAACAAGUUUUUUCUACGAUCCGUUUGAAAUAUUUGUAAAAAAAUGGUGCUAACAUAUUGAAUUUCCUCUAUUUGUGUCCAUAUGUAUAGCGACAUGUGCGGGUCAGAUGUAAGCAUUAAAAUGUGUCUCACACUUGCUACGUAUUUAUUGUUACGAUUGUAAUUUCAUCGUUGUUCCUUAAGGAAUAUUGUAUAAUUUAUUUCUUACAACCUCUCAAUUUUCAAUAUAUAAACGUAACAGACCAUUUUUUUUUCAAAAAUUAAAACUAAUGGUUAUACGUAUUAUAAUUAUAAAUAAAUUAGGUUAUUUGUAUUUUUGGUAAUCGAAUUUCAUUCACGAAAAUAUUUCUCCAUUUAAAGAUUAAUAAAGAUUUUCAAUCAAAGAAAUUUCUUUUGAUAAAAGUUUGAUCAAUUUCUAAAGAUGUAUCGUCUUUGAUCAAAAUUAAUAGACUAAAUUGUGAAUCUGACAAGAUUUGAAUGAAUCUGAAUGAAAUUUCAUCCUUGAAUUUAUAUUGCCAGAAUUUUUAUGAAAAAGAAAAAGAUUGAAAAUGAUUCAACGAGUGCUUGUAUAACAUAAUAAAUAACAAUACAUAAGUGCAUAAAGAAAGAUUAAAUUUAGAUACAAACAAGUCGUAAAUUAUAAAAAUUUUGACCCAGUUUUUCAUUUUCUUAAAUUCAAACGUUAUCUAAAUCUCCAAACACCAUUCUUCAUCCAACUCAAAUGUUAUUCAAAUCUUUACUUAUUUUAUUAUCGAAACCACUUUGUCACUUAUCCAACGAUACUCCCUCGAUUAAUUUAAAAUUCCACCAACAAUUCAAGGAUUAAUUCCAAAUCGCCAUAUCAAGAUUGAAUAACACCAAAUCCUUCUCGUAAAAAAGAAGAAAAAACCUGCUCGAAAACAUCGCGUAGCAAGUUGAAACGGCACAGAAACGACACCGCGCCACGCUCGAAGAGAGUCCGGAUCCCGGAGAGAGCGGCGUUCGAUUAUCCCUCUCGUCGGCGACGAGAGGGAGGACGCGUCAUCGCGCAUGCGUGUGGCGCGCCACUCGUGCAACCCCGACGACGCGCAACCCGCUCGUCUCGGCUUCUCGCCGCGGAAACGGCAGAUAUUUUGACAGUACGCCGCCCUGCAUCCUCCGCCGCCCUCCCAACGAGCUUCUCGCGCGACUUCUCCAAAGAUAUCCCCGAAUCCCCCCUCGUGCGUGCGUGCGUGAGUCGUUGCACCGCUCUCCGGAACCGGGUCAGUCGAUAAAAACCGAAGUUGCUCUAGUGUCGUGUCGGGGGAGGGUGCAGAGAGAGAGAAAGAGGGAUUCACAGUGGUCCUCCUGGUGAAAAGAGCCGGAUGCGAGAGAUGGAAUCGCGUUGGGAUGAUCGAUCGGUAACAAAGGGCGAACCGAUACGGUGUAACAGUGGCGGCAAGUGAGUUAUAUUCGUUAGUCGUAUUAUACGCGUGUUUUUUCGCCCGGGUGAACGAUAUCGUAGGUGGAUAUCGAGGAGAGGGGCAGAAAGAGGAAAGGAGGAAGGCCUUGAAUCUCUCUCUCGUUCCCUCGACCGGGCUCGUGUGCGCUGGAAGAGUGGGCGGAUGCCGGUGUCCAUACCAAGGACACGUAUCCAUACCGAGGAACAAUGAGGAUUUCGACGCGGUGGCUCGCGAGGAUGUGCCGGGAAUGCGGAGUGCGUAGCGUCUCGUGUCUUGGUGCCACGUCGUCGGGGAGGAGCUGCCCGUUGUUCCCUUCGAGACGCGUCAACGAGACCUAGCCUCUAGGAUUCGUUGCGGAGGAAGGAGUCGGGGGAGGCGGCCACGAGGACGAUCUUUCGUGUGCUAAAUACGUGUGUCGAAGGGAGGAGUGUGUGUAUACGUGAACGUGUGUGUGUGUGCAUGUGUGUGUAUAUAUUGUGUGUCGCACGGCGUGGGAAUAAAUCGACCAUCUAAGCCAGGGUGACGCGGUAGGUGGGGGAAGGGAGAGGGGGAGGGAGAGAGGAGGAAGCGAAAGAGGCGAAACAGGACGAAGGCACGAUAAAAGAGAGGCUAACGAGGCGAACAGGAUGAGUCACUUCGACUGGAAGCUGCUGCGCCGGAAGAAGGUGAUACCGGCAGAGCGACGUGGGCCAGAGAAAGAAGAGACCUGGACCCUGGCCCCGGACCAGAGCGGGGACGCGUGUCCGUUCUUCGACGACGUGUCUGACAUCAAACCUAAACCGAUCCAAGAUGCGGACAAUCCUCAAUCUCGGAUCCUCGAUCCUGGCGAGAGCCAGCAAAGCAGCCAACAGCUGGCCCAAGAGCAUCCGGAGGCGGGAACCUUGCCGCGUAGCCAGGAGACGAGGAAGAGCAAAACGAAAAAGGUGAAGAGUUACCUGAGGAAGUGCAAAGGCGCUCUGUCCAAAGGCGACGAGGUGUCCACGGAGAAGAAGCGCCAGGAGCACUGCACCUCGUGGUACCUGGACGAGUCCCAUCAAGAGGACGUGGACACGUUCCACCUUCAGAAACAGAAUUCGGAAUUCCUCGACGAGAGGAUCGCGGAAGAGGCCUCCUCCGCUCUGACGACGCCGCUCGAGGACGGGAGCAGAGAGCCGUUGGAAUCCUCCCGGGAUCCCGUGACCGAUUUCUCGAAGGAGGUGGAAGCAGGAGACGAGGCCAACGACGAAACUCUCGCGAGGCUGGGCGAGGACGAGGGCCUGGCGAGCGAUCUGAGGAGGAGCCGGAGCUCCUUGUACGAGGACGCCAGGGAUUCCAUGAACGACAGAGAGUGCAUUGCUGAGGAGAGUUGCAAGAACGACGCGAUCUCCCUCGAGACCCUGACCACGGAGGAGAUCACGAAUUUGAACAAGUGUGACUCGAACGACACGCUGAUCGCGGAAGUGGCGGCCAACGGCCCGCCUCUCGUCGAGGAGGGAAAGGAGGAAGAGAGCGAGGAGGUGGACGGCGAGACGCUAAGGGCCCUGUCUCUGUUUGGGGGUCGCGGAGACGUCGCAUCGCUGGUCCGGAACUUGCUCGGCCCGAUUUACGGCGAUGGUGUUAUCAAUCUGUUGAUAAGGCAGGCCCGGGACAUCCUGGUGUGCGCUUAUCACGGCAACUUGGAGAACUUCCUCAAAACUUAUCUGUCACCGGCCGCGACCCUUUUGGCGGAAGUGAAGUCGGCGGCCGCCUCCGAGAUGGGAAACGAGUCGGUGAUACCGGAAGGCUGGCCUCUGACGCUGGGCAGACGUGGCCUCGUCCUGCAGCUAGGAGAGCUCGAGGCCUCCGCGCUACGUCUCGGGGAAUGUUACCUUUGCAUACGCAGCGCAGUUGCGACCACCUCAGGGAGCGGCGAAGUUGCCGCUGGUGACGAGCGGAAUACCGUCGAGAUUGCAGUAGUUUGGCGAACGACGUCGAUGAGGGCCCCAGGUUUCCUCGGCUGGGACCGCGAGGAGGAGUUCAUGGACUGGCGGGAGGUGUCUCGAAAGGGGCAGGGGAGUAGCGACACGGCGAGCGGCAGCCUGGCGGGGCCGCAAUCGUCGGGCACCGCGAAGAGCAUGCGGCCCAGGCGGCGUUCGCGCGAGGAGGCGCGCUCGAGGACGCGCGAGCAGGGCUGCGUGUUCGAGCACCGUCGCGAGGAGACCCGCUCGAUCGAUCGCCUCGAGUGCAAGAGCUCGAACGGGGGGGCGAGGGAGGGAGGGAGGAAGAACGAGAUCGACGGCGGCCACGCGGUGAUGAAGUCGAGAUCGACGUCGAGCGUGGGCACGUGGAAGGCGGAAUUGGAAACGGGUGAAUCGAACGGAACGAGGACAAGCCACUCGAACCACUCUUCUAGUCUUUCCGGCGACGAGAGCCGCGCCAAAGUGAAGAGAUGCGCCAAGGUCGUCUCCUCGAUGACCAUGGAGAAGUGGAAGGAGACGGCCAGGUGCGAGACCAGGAGCAAACCCCUUGCGCCCGACGAUUUGAAGACACCGUUGAGACUGGACGAGGCUGUUCUCGAGAAGAAGCAAGGUGGGGCCGCGGUCGGGGAAGGUGAGAAUAGGUUGCACAGCUCGAGGAGCGUGGACGACGUGGAGGAUGACGAGCUGCCAGCGUUCAUUGGCAAUCUUUUGGUCUCUGUGGAGAGGAAAAUCGAGAGAGUUUCCUUGGACGAUUUGACGUUCCCUUGUCCAGCGUGCAGGAAUAUAGACACCGACGAUCCGUUGCUGGGUUGUAGGUGCGCCGGCGACGAUUGCAGCUGCGGGGAGGACACUUGCGAUUGUUCGCCCUCGGCGAAGACGAGGAAGGAACAAUCGACGAGGAGCUUCGAGAUCGCUGGGAUCAAGCACAUCGACAGCGACGACGAGGAGGAGGUGCGGAUGGGAUUCGGAACGAAAAAGAGAGUGGACGAUGUGGUAGCGCCCAGGACCAUUCACGACAUACCGGAACAUGUUCUCACGUGUGGCCUCACGCUUCCUGGCUGCACGGACACCCAUGGCAGACCUGUUCUCGAAUUCGAGGACGAGCCGUCCAGAAGGGAGGCGCUCUCUGUCAAGGAAGUGUCAUCGUUUCUGCUCUACCUCGCCCGUUUACCCAGCUCGGACGUUACCAAGAAUGGAUUCACCCUUCUGGUUCGAGGGCACGCUCCUGAAUGCAUGGAAUUUCUCGACAGGAUUCUGAAACUCGUCCAGGGACGAGUGAACGUUUCUCAGGCGAUACUUGUGCACAGUUCUGUCGCCGAGAGCUCGGUCAAUUCAGAGUUACCUUUGAGCUGCGUCAAGACGACCGUCGUUGACGAGGGCGCUUUGAGAGAACAUAUUCCCAGGCUGGAGCGGAGCCACGAUCAGACGCAAUGGAUUGCGUUUUAUAAGGACUACGAUGGAUUAAUGACGGAAUGGCAAUCGGCUGGUCGCAGGCUCGCCCUCGAAAUGUCAGAACUGAAGGAAUGCACUACCCUGUCCGGCACGUUGACGCCUCUCGGUCGGCUCCUGACGGAUCCUUCAUUGAGAAGAACGUCUCGAGAUGCUGAGGAAGCGAUCGCUUCGCUAGAGGAACGCGCAGCGCCCCUCCUUCAUCUCGAUUACAUUAGAUUGUCGGUGAAACGGGCACGGAGGUUGGUGGAGGAGGUCGGGAACGCAGCCACCAGGCUCGAAUCGUCGUUCGAGUCCCGCCGCGCGACUAUAAGGAAUCUCGCGGUUCUCAGGAGUAUCGAGGACCAGGCGCACGAGGUGUUAUCUUGGUUUUGCAAGAAAGGCGAGGACGUGCUCACGAAACACGGGCAGCACGCGGCGACGAACUUGACAGCGGCGCGACUUCACGAAAGGGAAUUCGAGAAAUUCUAUUUCACGUCGAUGAGACAUCUUGACAAAGGGAGCGACCUUGCCGAGGCGGCGAGUGCGAGCGGACUUCGCGAACUCGCAAGAUCCUUGAAGCAUCACCUUCGAGGAUUCGGUUCCCGGUUAGAGGACAGGCGCGAGUACCUCGAAGACACGUCGAGAUGUUGCCUGCUUCAGGAUCGGGCGUACGAGUGGGCCCAGGAGGCACGCCUUGCCGGCGAACGAGGGGCCCAGCAGUUCCUGAUGGCCAGACCACCCUUGCCGCCCGAGCAUUUCACGGAAAUGAUGGCACUCGCCGAGAAGCUCGGUAACGAAAUCCUUCUGGAACAAUGCCGCAUCGCCAGGAACAAGUGUGCGGAAGCGCUCGAGAUGGCGAGGACCACCUCCGCACCUGGCAGCCCCGCAAGAAGAAGAUCCUCCUCGGAGUCUGCCACCUCUUGGGAAGACAGUUUGACCAAGAGAACUUCGUGGGAUGACAGCGACAGUAAUGCAUCGUACGCUUGUCCCAUGGAGAGCGUAGGAUCGACAGGAAGCGGCGGUCGUCCCGUACUGGACAACAUUGCAGAGCUUCGAGAGAGCGCCGAACAGCUGCUCGAUUGCUCUCCACCACGAACGCCACCCCGAAGUCCUGCUCCUAGACGAUUGGUGAAGCCACCGGUGAACUCGCACCUUCACAGAGCUGCCAGCAUCGCUCCUGGAAUGAAGGCGAAAAAAACAAUACUGCUCAUAAUGAGAGAAAUGAUACAGACCGAACGAGACUACGUGAAGUCCCUCGAAUACAUAAUAGAGAAUUAUAUUCCGGAGCUGGUGAGAGAGGACAUUCCUCAAGCGCUCAGGGGACAGCGCAACGUGAUCUUCGGCAAUGUCGAGAAGAUAUACGAGUUCCAUGGUCAGCAUUUCUUACGGGAAUUGGAACAAUGUGAGCAGUCGCCAAUGAAUGUGGGACAAUGUUUCCUUAGACACGAGAAGAAAUUCUAUCUUUAUGCGCUAUACAACAAGAACAAACCAAAUUCGGAUUCUCUGAUGGCAGAGUACGGCACUGCGUUCUUUAAGCAAAAGCAGCUCGAGCUUGGUGACAAGAUGGACCUCGCUAGUUAUCUGUUGAAGCCAGUUCAACGAAUGGGAAAGUACGCACUGUUGCUGCAACAGCUGGUCAAAGCGGGCACCGAUCUCUCGGAACAAAUGUCCGGCAAAGACGACAAGGACGAAAAGGACGACGGUAUGAAGCCAAUAGUCGAGGGAGAAGCAGAAUUGAGGGCAGCCGAACAGAUGGUACGAUUCCAGUUGCGUCACGGAAACGACCUGUUGGCGAUGGAUUCACUGCGAGAUUGCGAUGUGAACGUGAAGGAACAAGGAAGACUGCUUCGUCAAAACGAGUUUUUAGUAUGGCAGGGUAAAGGCAAAAAGUGCCUGCGACAAGUUUUCCUGUUCGAAGACCUUAUCCUAUUCAGCAAAGCGAGAAGAUUCCCCGACAGGAAGAACCUUGAUAUCUACAUCUAUAAGCAUAGUAUCAAAACAACGGACAUCGGGUUAACAGCCGUGAUCGCGGACUCACCUACGAAGUUCGAGAUUUGGUUCCGCAAGAGGAAACCAGGCGAUACGUACACAUUGCAGUGUGCAAGCGAAGAGAUUAAGAAAGCCUGGACGGAGGAACUGAGCAACCUUUUAUGGAAGCAGGCGCUGCGAAACAGAGAAGUGCGCCUGGCGGAAAUGUCGAGCAUGGGCAUCGGAAAUAAACCUUGUUUGGACAUUAGGCCUAGCGCGGAUCAAAUUAAUGAUCGUUCUAUUAGUGUAGCUCAACUCUCGAAAACACCUAGAUUUAGAAACUCGAUAGCAGUAUCAAUGUCAGAGGAUUCGGGGCGCUGUAGCAGAAGGCCGCACAGUGUUAUUUCCGUGAGUUCAUCAUCGAGUAGCGGUGGAAGUAGCGGCCCUCCAACGACACUGAAUCUUGGUUUGGAUACAAGUCCUCGACCUCAUCAUCGCAGUACUACGCUCAAUAGCCAAUGUAGUGUUGAGAGUGGCAUAAUAGCUGAUAUUUCGAUCGUCUCGGAUGAUGGUGGCGAUGGAACUGAAAGAAGUCAUUGGAACUCUACUCUAGAAAGUCCCACCUACCAUUUGCCAACGACAUCGACACCUCUUCAAUCACCGACCAGCGCAACCGCGACAGCAACAGUUACCUCGGCUUCUUCGUCCGACACGAAUCUUACUCCAUAUGAUCAAGACAUGUCUAUUAAUUUAUAAGUGUCACCCUCUGAAAAAGAUGGCGUGACUCUGAUAUAGAAGAGUACAUAUAUAUAUAUAAUAUAUACAUGUUGUCGAUUCACUUGCAAGUUGUUUUAUAGUGAAUGCAGUGUGAUUCACUCGAAUUGCAUACAGUUUUCCAAUGGAAAGUGGCAACGUAUUCGUAUAACUGAAUAGAGAGUAUUAGAGCGCGUAUUUUUCUUGGGCAAUCAUAGUUCGAUGAAUGACCAUGAGCUAUGAGUGGUGUGUAAAAUGAUGUAAACACACAGUCCAAUUAAAUUACUGUAUUACGCUUAUCACGUGAGUUCCGUAACAAGCGCCUCUUGCAAAAGAUUUAAAACGGAUCCUCCGUGUUACAAAGUUUGUAAAGAGGAACACUCGUGCGUAUAUAUAUAUAUUAUAUAUAUAUACGUAUAUAUAUGCUCAUACAUACAUAUUCACACACAUUCACGGUAUCCCUUUGUGUCCCAGACAGAAAGCUCAACUUUCAAGUGAAUUUAUCUUUUGAUACGCUUCGAAUUUCAUUGAUCUAUCAUAAGCGAUCGGAUAUAUAGUUAUCACGUCUGAAUUUUAUAAACCAUUGAUUUUUCAGAAGUAACGGCGACGUGUAUUUUCUUAUACUAUCUCCUCAAAUCCACCAACGUGCUCAAGAGAAAGAUCAUAGAUACAAAUGUGUUCCGACAGAAUCUAUAUGUGUAUAGCUGCAUGUUUCACAAUGUGCUGCAAUAUCGCAAACAGUAUGCACUGGUUGCCAUUAUUCUCAUAAACAUUGGCAUUCCUGAUUAAUCAGUGAUUGAGAAUAUUAUCUCGAAUUACCGACCAAUUUAUGUAUGGUACUUUUAUACUUUAUUUAUAUGUUUAGUGAAUAAAUAUUGAUAUUCCAUGUCCACAUUGUGUUCGCGCUUACUACUAUGAAUUAAAGACGUAAUCGUUAAAUUACGUCAUAGUCGAGUAUACAAAGAUUUUUUCUUUUUAUAUAUAUAAAACCUGAAGAUCGAUUUUUUUUUCAUACUAUCAUUCUCUUCAGGAAUUCCAUUAAUAUCAAAAUCAUUGUUCGUCUUCUUGUCGAAUGCGUUUUCAACAAAAUGCGCGUCCGACAGAACACAUCCUUUCAGGAAUGUCAAAACAAUGCGCACACAUACAUACCACUUUGUAAUAUAAUGUAAUAUUAAAGGUUUAUACGAUAUAGCCACAAGUAAUAUAACCGAUAGUCUAAAUAUAUAUUAUUUCCAGAUUAUAUAUUAAAUAUAUAUAAUAUUAUAUUCUU